AAUUAGCUAACCCCUCCGAGGACGUUGUAUAACCUUAUUUAUACUAUUUAACGAGCCAGUUCUGUUCCGUUUUCUCUCUGUACCAUGGGAUGAAUACCUUGUAGCGUUGUUAUGAACCUUUUUCUUGACUCAGAGAACCAGAACUGAACAGCUGUCGAAGGUACUCACAGAAAGUUGCAUCAGCAAAGUCGAAGAAUGUCGUGGGUUCUCGAGCUUGCUCAAACUGGUAGGCAUUUGACCGGUUUGCCGGGAGCUUGGAGGUGCACUGGUCGAAACAACGAAGAGAUGGUCGAUAAGUUAGUGCAUAUGGGUGUUAUAAGCAGCAAAGAAGUAGAGGAGGCUUUCCGAACGGUUCCUAGAGGGGCUUUCGUUCCCCCAGACUUACAGCUGGAAGCUUACAUUGAUUCGCCUCUUGUAGGGGACCCACACGUACAUAUGUCUGCACCACAUAUGUACGCUACUGUCCUAGAAGCCCUAGAUUUGUCUCCAGGUCUGUCAUUCCUCAAUAUUGGUAGUGGUACUGGUUAUUUCUCCUGCUUAGCUGGUUACAUUCUACAAGCCCAUGGUGUCAGUCAUGGAAUUGAAGUUCACGAGGAUCUUGUACAAUUUGCAAAGGAAAGAGUGGAGGAAUAUUUCCGCUUCUGUCCUUCUGUAGCAUAUGACAUUUGUCCUCCCAAGUUUAUUGCAGGAAACUGUUUUCGGUUGGAUCCAUCAGGGUGCUGCUAUGACAGGGUUUAUUGUGGGGCAGCUUGUCCGCCUAAUAAAGUUCCUUUCAUUUUGGGAUUAACCAAAAUUGGUGGCUUUGCUGUCCUUCCUUGUAGAGAUCGGUUACUAAAGAUUGAAAGGAUUUCUGACACAGGAGUAAAACAGACAUGUAUCAGUGAGGUAUCUUUUGCUCCGCUAGUGAUGAUGGCUGAUAGUGAAACUGAUGCUCCCAAGCUUAACUUUCCAAAGGAAAAUCCAAGAAAUAAACCAAAGGCUCGGAAGGUUUACCCACCUGCUGAUGUACUUGUCAGUCGUGGACAGGCCAGAACGACUUUGGCCAGACUGAGGGCUCUUCAAGAAGCAAGUGAAAGCCUGCAUACUUCCCAACCUCUUCCUGUACCAUUCUGUUAUGUUCCAUGUCAACAACAGAUCCAGCAAUACUUCAAUAAGAAAUCAAAACAGAAAAAGCAGCCAAGUUCUGUUGUGACAUCACCUGUUGAUAGAAAGAUUUGUUUCUUCGGCUCCCAAGAGGACACAAGAGUUUCAAGUCUGGAUCAGACUGGCUGUGACAGUGUUUGGAGCCAUCUGCAAGAGGACAAAAUAUGGCAGACUGUGUUAGAGUAUUAUUAUAGCCUGUGUAAUAUAUCCAGUGACAAGAGAUCACAAGCACUGAAUGUUUAUAUUAAGAAACGAGUGAAACAGAAAAGUGAAAGGCAGGACAGCAAAAAGAGUUUGUCUUAUGCUGAGAUUGUUCAUAAGCUUGGGAUACCUACUGCAAACCCAACACAUGCAAAAGUCUUGAAGGAAGAGUCUCUAAACACUAUGGAGAACAGAACUGAGUUGUACAAAGUGCCAUGUCCAACAACUUCUUCUUCUGCUACAAAUGGCUGUAAGUUUUUGCAAGGCAGUGGUUCAAUGGAGUAUUCAUCUUCAUGUGGUCUCUCUUCCAAUUUGUCUCAGAAUACUCUUCCUAUGAAUGAGACAACAGAAGAAAGUCAAAGUGAUUUAUGUCAAACAAGUUGCUGCAGCAAAAUAGAACAGCCAAGAAUGUCAGACAAUGGUCAUUUAGAUGAAAACUCAUCCUGUAAGUCUUGCUUAAAGCAAGAUGUCACCAGUCAACCAACCUUAUCAAAUGAGAGUAGAACUCCACUUUUAAAACCUGAAAGGAAGAUCCCACGGUAUUCAAAUGUUCUAAUAGAAAUGGAAAAAGCCCACAUGACUAGAUUAUUGGCCUUGCCUUCAAGCAGCUGGAACAUCAACAAUGACCUUGUUCUUGUGCACUUUUUGUGUGAAGUUCAUGAAAAAGUAAAUCAGGGAAAAUGCAAAGGUUGGUUUAAAGUAGAUGGUGUCAUUUCCGAACUGUUUUCCAAGUCAAGUGUCAUAAACCAUCCACGACUAUCCUGUUUCUCAACUGAGAGCUUAGCUUACCGGGCCAUCGCUCUGUGUAGAGUUGCUCAAAUUCUAGACUCAGUACUGUAUCUUGUUAGUGGGCCAUCUGUUUUAAGAGACCAGAGUUUUUCUUCUAACAAAUUCAAGCUGGAAUCCUUUACGGAUUCCUCGUUCAUGUCAUCAUGGCUGUUUUUGGAGACAGAUGGAACUCAAAGUCCCGUGUCAGAGGGGAAAGAUAGUUCUUCAGACGCUGAUACGAAGGAAAAGGUGUGUGAUGGGCUGAAUGAAAAGAAGAAGAAGAAAAGUCAACAGGAGGUGAAUCUUAAAAAGAUCAAUGCUUCACUUGCUUCCCUUGAAAAGUACAAGGAACAGCUAAAAGCAGUGAAGAAAAAGAUCCAUUUUAUAGAAGAACAAAAGCAACUUGUCCACAGCAUCAGAGAGCAGGAGCUAUCUUCUCAGGAAACAUCUGUUGACUUGGAUAGUGUCGAUGUGAAGCUGCAGCGAAAUGAACUGUUACUGAAACAGCAGAAACAAGAACACUACAGGAGUAACUUGCUGGCUUUGUUAAGGAAACUAAAAGAAGAGGAAAAACAAUUGGCUAAGAAGAUAGAGUCUGCGUCAGAAGUUUCAAAAGAGGAGUUGAUUGAUGUUCCACAGACAAGUUCUUCCUCUUCGCUGCAAUCAGAUGCCAAACACCGGCAGCUACAUGUGGAACCGUGUCAGAAAUGGAGCGUUCGCCUGAUGAAUCAGGAAACUGACAGCAGUGAUUCUGUCCGCUAUGACUUACCAUCCUUGUUACCAAAACUGCGGUUCCUGUUGCCUCUCUGUAAUCAGCGAUGGCGGCUGGUCCAAGAGCUGUUGCACACGACAGAACUAUCCGCGCCUGAUUACAUGCCCGUGAUAUUGGUGGAUAGGAGAGUGCCGCUGAUCGAGCGUCAUGCUGACUUAAGGAGCAGUGUUUUCCAACAGGUGUACCAAGAGCUGAGAGGCGAGAAGCUUCAUUUUCGAUGGAACAAAUGGAAGUAUGACCAGUGGUGGGAAGUGAAAUUCGUCGGUGAAGGAAUCAUUGAUCAAGGUGGAGGGUUCCGCGACUCUUUGGCUGAGCUGUCAGACGAGUUGUGUCCACCUGAAGAACACAUAACAGAUGUGCUGCCAUAUUUGAUCAGAACUCCUAAUAAUAAGGAGAAGAGGGGAGAUUUUCUCGACUGUUUCAUACCCAAUCCAUCAUGUGACUCUUUACACAUGUUCCACUGGCUUGGGGUCCUCAUGGGAGGUACGUUCCGCAGUGACGAAAGUCUCACUCUGGCGUUCCCGCCUUUUGUAUGGAAACUAAUCGUCGGUGAACACGUCACGUGGGCCAAGGACUACGUGGCUAUUGAUGAAGCCGCUGUUCAAAUCACCGAUGAACUCGAAGUUCAGGACGAGGCCUCGUAUCUAAGUACGUACGGCAGCGAAUGUACCUUCUCCACUGUAGUAAGUGACGGCCGACGUGUAGAAUUGCUCCCUGGGGGAGAGGAGAGAGUGGUAAAGCCUGAAGAGAGACAGCAGUAUGCAGCUUUAGUGAGGAGGGCGCGGAUGACUGAGUUUACAAAACAGGUUCAAGCCAUCAGGGAAGGUUUAAUGUCAGUCAUUCCUGAGUCUGUGCUUUCGCUCCUUACGUGGUCUAACCUGGAAAGGGGAGUUUGUGGAGACCGAGAAAUUUCCCUUCCACAGCUGAAAACAGCGUGUAAAUACGGUGAUGACUUGAGUGAGUCAUCAGAGUCAGUUAAACACCUGCUUGCAGUUCUCACUCAGUUCACCUCUGAGGAGCGGAGUCGAUUCCUUCGUUUCGUGACGGGACGUAAGAGGCCUCCUGCUCCUUUUACUGUGGCUAAAGCGGGUGGGGAAAAAGACAGCCUUCCCCAUGCCUCUACCUGUGCCAGCACUCUGUUCCUUCCGGAGUACUCUUCUUCUGCUAUCGCCAAGGAAAAGCUAAGCUAUGCCAUCUCCAAUUGUGUGGCCAUUGACACUGAUACAAGCCCUUGGUGAACCCUCGAAUUGCAAAUGUGAAGGGGAAAAACAGAAAUUUCGGGCAGUCUGCCCGAAUAUGAGAGCCACGUUUAAUAGGUGUGAGGAGGUCCGACCGACUGCGUAGCUGUUGAUAUUUGAACAAUGUUCGUUAGAGGAAGAAGGGGCUGUAUUCGUAAUGAAAUUUUGUCAAUGUGGUGUUAUUUAAGAAGUUAAAUUUACAUUUCUCGACAAACAGUGCUUCAGGAGAGAGAUAGAUUUCGUCCCUCUCGCAGUAGUUGCUUGUACCUACUGCAUAAGAGUGCGGAGCUGUAACAUCUCUGAUGAGCUGCCUGGUUGCUAAGCAAUAUUCAAAAUGGCGGCCUCCAUAGUUGGAGAUGUUUGCAUGAUUGAAGAUUACUUUCUAAACGUUAGGUUGCUCUUUGGAAUCUCACAGCACAGUCGGCGACUAAAAUUCACACAUCCUUUUUAAUGGCAGGUAAAAAUUGUGUUUUCUGGAGUAUACUAGUCUAUUGAGAAGGGACAGUUUCUUUCAACAUGGUUUUUCCUAGCUAUGGUAUUUAAGUAAUCGACUCUCAAGAAAUAGAAAAAAAAUUAACAAUUGUUUGAGUGAAGUCAGUUCCUCAAACUUUGCUCAAUUUCAUCCUAUCUAAUGGGAAUCUUUUCAUUCAUGAUAACGCAUUGCCGCAGUAUUAUUCUCGAAUAACUACUAUUUGAUUGGCACAGGAACGAUGGGAUCCUGUUAAUGAAUAGCAUUAUUUUAUAGGUUUUUGUUUUUGGCGGUGUAUUUUGGGGUAAGGGAUUGAAGUGAAACACUUUUGUGAAAAAAGAUAAACUCAGACUUUUCUUACAAUUCUGUGCAAGAAAUGAUCAAGAUUUCGAGAACUUCCUCAAAUUUUUAUACUUUAUUGGAUCUUAAAGGAGUUGCCACGCAAUAACGAUCCAGGCUAGAAAUUCUUUUCACGUUUCCUUGAAAUACUAGAGGCGCCUAUAGUUCUUGAUAUUGACCCUAUUUAAAAGGGCACUUGACUUAGAAUACUUUCGAGAAGGAAGUUUUGAUUCCCGAAGGUUUUCGCGCAAUUUUUUCGAGACAAUCAAAGACUUGUUAAAUAUUGAGACAUUCAUGUUUGGUUAGUGGUGUCUCUGUAGCAUUUGCUGCUGGAAAUUGUUAUAUGCACCUAAAAGAAAUUCUACAUUAUUUAUGCAAUUUUGAUCUAUAGUCAUUAAAAUCAGCGUUUAGUACUGCAGGCUCACUCAAAACUAGCCACGUAAAAUUUAAGUCAAAUUAGUAAUAUUCGAAAGUUAUAAGAAAAAAAUAUGUUUACAAGUACAAGGAAUACAAUGUUAAAGUGCUUAAAUGUAUUUUUGGUGCGCAUGCAAUGGUACUGUCAUUCAGGAAGCUUAAUAAAUACUUGACAUAUCAGC